CUAACUAGCUAAUAAAAUUUUCCCACCACUAAUCUUCAUCAAAGCCCCCCAUCGCACUGGAGCUUUAUUUUGUGCUCUGGUUGGAAUUUACCAAGAAAAAAUGAGUUUCAACGCUAAGCAAUGUCAGAUUCAACGCCCGUAUAUCUCUCAAUUCCAUACCCAAAACAAUCCCCAUGUUCGGAAAUGUACUCCUCUUCCACUUUUCACUCGAAAAUGCUUCCACGAGCGUUCAGAGUUGCGCUCUGUGGGUUUUUCAGUUCAGUUAAACCCCCAACCUAAGUUAGCUGGAAACCCAAGAAUUUUAUUGAGCAGAUGCUUACCAGGAAAGUUCUCGGAUCCUUUCGAACAGGAUCCAGGUCAGAAUUCUAUAACCGAACAAAAUAAGAUGGUUGAGCAGAAGAAGUUUUCUGUGGUGGAUAUCUUGAAGCAAUCAAAUUCACUUCUGCCUCAUGUAGUUCUUGCUAGUACACUGUUGGCUCUUGUUUAUCCACCCUCUUUCACAUGGUUUACCACCAGGUACUAUGCUCCUGCAUUAGGGUUUUUGAUGUUUGCUGUUGGGGUCAAUUCCAGCGAAAAGGAUUUUAUUGAAGCAUUCAAGAGACCAGCAGCUAUUUUGGCUGGUUAUUUUGGUCAAUUUGUUGUGAAGCCUAUUCUUGGAUAUUUCUUUGGCAUAAUUUCUGUAUCAAUGUUUGGUCUUCCUACUCCUAUAGGUGCUGGGAUCAUGUUAGUAUCUUGUGUUAGCGGGGCCCAGCUUUCAAAUUAUGCUACUUUUCUGACUGACCCACCAAUGGCUCCUUUAAGCAUUGUCAUGACAUCAUUGUCUACUGCUACUGCGGUUUUUGUUACACCCUUAUUAUCGUUCUUGCUUAUUGGAAAGAGACUGCCUGUUGAUGUAAAAGGAAUGGUAUCCAGCAUUCUGCAGAUAGUAGUCGCCCCUAUUGCUGCAGGAUUGUUUCUAAACAGGUUCUUUCCCAGGAUUGCUAAUUCUGUUAGGCCAUUUCUGCCUCCUCUUUCAGUACUCGUGACAGCCUGUUGUGUUGGGGCACCACUUGCUAUUAAUGUCAAGUCAGUUGUAUCGCCUUUUGGAGCUACCAUAUUAUCACUUAUUAUUUCAUUUCAUCUGCUGGCAUUUGUGGCUGGUUAUGUUCUUACUGGUCUUGUCUUCCCCAAGGCACCUGACCUAAAAGCACUUCAAAGAACAAUGUCGUUUGAGACCGGAAUGCAAAGCAGUCUUCUGGCCCUUGCACUUGCAAAUAGGUUUUUCCAAGAUCCACUUGUGGCUGUGCCUCCAGCAAUCUCUACUGUAAUGAUGUCUUUGAUGGGCUUCUUUCUUGUAAUGGUUUGGUCUAAGAAGAAAGAAGUAUGAGGAAACAUAUCUUGUUCAAAUUUCUGGAGUUUGAUAUAUUGCAACUAUGUCCUUUGCUGACUUGGUAAUAGUUUUGAUGGGUUUCUCUCUCAUUGUUCCUUGUGUUGAGAAAAAGGAGUAGCAACAACAAAAACUAAACUGAGAUAUCAUUCUCCUGGGGUCAGAUACAUUCCUGUAACCAUGCAGCUGUCGAAAAGCUUGUGAAGAAGGAUCAUAUAGAUUACUUUUGUUUCUGUAUGUAGCUCAUUUCUGACAGGUCAAGGAACUCAGGUGUAUAAUUUAUCUCUAUUGAUUGUAGUUGAGAGACAUGCUAAGAAUCAUGAUAAAUUCUGCAUCAGAAAAUGUAUGCAAACCACACGAACUGAAAGUUGUCACAUCUCAAAACACUUAUACUUGCUGUUAUAUGACCCUUUGUAUUUGUUGGGAUCUUUAUGAACUUGCACCUUUGAGAAGCGUA